AUGUCAUCUUCAAUGUCACCCAAACUCCCGACUCUGUCACCAUCUACAUCCAAGGACGCCACCCUAGCCCCCUGGCUCACCCAGUUGUCGGGCCCACAGUCCGACUCGAUCUCGGUACCGUCGUCGGCUGCGCCGGAGACCCUUCGAGCCUUCAUCGACCCUCAUCAUUCACCAGGCAGCGCCGAGGAACAGGAUGACGAUCCUGACUUACCCGCUCUAGAAGGGGGGUUCAGAAAUUUGAGUGUCAGCUCCGAUGGCACCAUCGAUUCUCUUCUUGGUGAGUCCUACACUGCCCGCUUUCAAUGAGCACGGCACGCAGUUGCCUGAACGGCCUUUUCGCGCUUGGGGACUGACCCAUUAACCAUGUGUAUCGACCCCGUUGGCCCGCCUUCUCUUAUUUUGGACUUUCAGACGAGGCUGUGACACCUCCUCAAUCGCCCAGACUAUGCGACAGCGCUCAUAUGACUCCGCCAACGGUCUCGAUUCGACGCCCUUCGACGGAUCCUGAUCACGACGAGUUGGCAGGACCAAUCUUCUCGGAAGCAGGGGUCGCGCCGUGCUGGACUCCAGAGUACUCGACUUUUAAGAAGCCGGCUUUGCUCGAAGUCACUCCUCCAACCCCGCCUCGCGGACAAGCCGAGUGCCCGUCGGACGGCGACUCCCUUUCCCCGACCUCGCCGACCAAAUAUUCACCCGGGUUGGCUACUCGUCGCGCGCAGAAGGGCAAGCUGUCGACUCGUGCGCUGCUGUCUUUGCAAAAGAUGCGGUUCGAGUCGCCGCCCGAGGCGGGUCCAGGACUGGGUGUCGGACCCGGAUCUGCUGGCUUCGACGGUCUCGGACGAACGCCCAGCCCUCGACUGGAAGAUUUCUCCAGUGCCGGCAGCGGAGCCGGAAUGGUCUUCCGCCUUGCUCUCGGACUCGGUGAGGAGAGGAGCUCCAUCACUCCGACCCAAGAUGUGUUCGGACUCACUCCAGUCGAUGUACCGAGGACCCCGUCCCUGCUCGCUUCGCCGACACGACUUCGCCACCAGAGGUCGUGGGACUCCUCUGCCCGCGAUGCGCCUUGGCCUCUCGCGGAUAGCCUCCCCAAUUUGUCGUGCUCGCCCACGAAUAGGUCGCCUGCAUUGCGACCGCUCAGGUUCUCCUCGCCCUUGCUGUCAGCUUCACCUCGCGAUCGCCAACAGGGGUUCUCAUCCCCUUCGACCCCUCAACUCGGUGGACCAGCUUCUCCAAGCUUGUCACGCUCAUCCGCUUUCGCAUCCGCGUUCAAUCACGGACCGUUGGCACCCCUCACGCCAUCGCACAUGCCCGGUGCCCCUCUCCUCACCAGCGGCUCGCAAUUCGAUUGGCACUCAUACGCGGUUCCCGACUCCCCGGUCGGCGCACCCACUCAAGGGAAUGUCUCGCCACUUUUGUACUCCCCGGUCAUGCUGAGCAGACCGUACAUAUGCUCGACACCACCUUUGUCAACUGAUCGACCCACGUUCGGAUCUCGACCCAACUCGCUCUACAAGAUACAAUCAUCGCCCUUGUGCGGAUGA